AUGUCUGGCUUUGAUGAGAUGUUCCCUGCUGAGACUGCUUUAAUUCACUCAACGAGAGCGAGUUCAGUUGAAGUUGUGAGAGUGGAUAUCAGUGCAAGAGCACAACAGUCAUCAAAUGUUUUCUUAACAAGAGAAGACUUGGAGGAUUGGGAGAAGAGUCAUGGGAGAAUCCCUGACGGAAGUGUAGUGAUUUUGUACUCAAACUGGGGUCAGCAUCACCAGAAUCCUUAUGCGUACUACGGAUCUUCUACGCCUAUGGAUGCCACGACUGUCUCCUAUCCAGGUUUUCAUCCAGAAGCAGCCAAGUGGCUGAUAGAAUCCCGUCGAAUCCACGGAGUCGGCACGGAUUGCGUGUCCAUCGAGUCGCCGAAAACAGUUGGCCACACUGUUCAUCGGUUAUUCGCUGCAGAAAACCUGUUCAACCUGGAACAAUUGGCUCACGUGGACCUUUUGCCUCCGAACGGGUCUUACAUCAUUGUUGGCCCCAUGAAGAUUCGCGGCGGAUCCGGCGGCCCGGCUCGCGUCUACGCCCUCAAGCCGCCCUUUGACGCCGCCGAGGCGGCCUUGUUUCGGGCCGCCACGAAAGAUGCAGUGAUUGACUUGGCGCAUGACCUGUCUGAAAACACUGUGAGGUGGCCAAAUGGCCGGAUGUUCCAAUUGACCGUGGAACCCCCGCCUCCCCACAAAUACUUCGAACCCGCAUUGAUUUGGGUACCAGCAUGUUUUAAGCUCUUGAAGUACAGCUUCUGCAGUCCAGAACACAUCGGUACUCACCUCGACGCUCCGAUUCACUUUUCAAAAGACGGACUUUCUUCGGCUGACAUUGAGAUCCAGCAUUUUAUUGCAGAUGGAAUCGUGAUGGAUGUGGAGUCGCAAGCAAGGGGCAGUCCGGACUUUGUAUUGACUGACACUCAUGUUACCGAGUGGGAAGCCAAAUUUGGACGCAUUCCUGAGGGGUCUAUCGUAUUUCUCAAAACUGGGUGGAGUUCCAAAUUACCCAAGAUGGAAGACUACUAUGGGACUCCGGAUUACAACGAUACGACAAAAUUACAUUUUCCAGGUUAUUCCGCAGAGGCAGCGAAGCUGUUGAUCGAAGAACGUUCAGUUGCUGGCCUGGGAAUAGACACGGCUUCAGAUCUGGGUCCUUUGAGCCUUCUGAAGAAUUGGGUAGUUCAGCGUCCGGUCUUACUGCAGAUGUUGGAGCUUUUACAGCGAUGUCGCUCUAUCUAUUCUGGGAAACGUCAAGCCUUGAAUCACGCAAUGCCGCAGUUGAAACCAGGAGAGCACAAAGGUGAGGCGGAGCAGAUUCCUGGAACGCAACCCGCGGGAACGUGUUCUGGACCGUCAGGGUCAGCUGAGCUUAUAAACAAAAGCGCGUGGCGAACGCACACGGGACUUCUGUGUCUCUGCCUGGCUCGAGCCCGCGACAGUUCCCACAAGAAGAACAAAACAAUGAGGCCCUUGUUUGGCGGAGAUAUUUCGGCUGACCAAGGCCAGCCGAAUUCUGUGUCUCCUGCGACGCUGAUGAGUUGCAAAAUGGCUGGCAGGGCUGUCACCAAGGUAGUGCAUCGCUGCAACGACGCCAAGUUCACUUCAAACUUGGGCUAUUUCUGCGCAGAACUUCAGCGUGUGCUUCCGAAUAACGAACAGCGGUCGAAUUUCUGA